GAAAUGACCGCUCUAUCAAACACCGUCAACAGCGAUCUCUAUUAUUCGCACUUAAUAAUCCAUAAUCCAAUUUACCCUGAAAUUUUAUUGCGAAUUGGGGGAAUGGGCCUAUACGAAAUCAUGUGACUCACGCCGAUUCGUGACUUCCAAAAAGGGCGGCAGGCAGGUAAGGCAACAGCUGCCUCACAAACCAACAAAUCCUAUCUACAAAAAGAUGCCUCACAGCUCCAAACUCCUACAAAAACACUUCAAAAUCCUCAUUCAAGCUUCUCCCGCUUCAAAAUACACCCGAACAAUGGCUUCUACCCCGCCCAAAUCUUCCUUCGGGCCCAGCACUGAUGUCCAGGAGUUCAACGACGUCCUUAAAUCCUCGAAGCGGGUCCUCGCCCUCUGUGGCGCUGGAUUGUCCGCUGCUUCAGGCCUCGAUACUUUCAGAGGUGCUGGAGGUAUGUGGCGAAAUCACCAAGCUACGACUCUUGCAACCCCAGAAGCAUUCGAGAGAGAUCCGGGUCUAGUGUGGCUCUUUUACUCCAUGAGACGGCACAAGGCACUUCAAGCCAAGCCGAAUGCUGGGCAUUAUGCUUUGGUCGAAUUGUCUAAAAAGAUGCCGGACUUCAUUACACUGACGCAGAAUGUUGAUGGUCUAUCCCAAAGAGCAAACCAUCCUAGAGACCAACUCAAACUCCUCCAUGGCUCCCUGUUUGACAUCAAGUGCUUCAGCUGCCCCCGUGUAGAGCAAAACAACUACGACGAUCCAUUCCACCCUAUUCUCCAAAUAGAUACCGCUGAGGACGAACGACUAGCAGCCUCAUCGAAUACCGUCAAAGCUCGAGCAGCAUAUCUAGACCCGAAUGUAAACACUCACACCAUUAAUCCGGACGAACUUCCCAGAUGUCCUGAGUGCAAGCUUGGAUUUCUUCGUCCAGGAGUUGUUUGGUUUGGAGAAGCUCUUCCAGAAGACACGCUCGCGGAAAUCGAUGAAUGGAUCAAUAGAGGCAAGAUUGACUUGAUUCUGGUUAUUGGGACAACAGCUACUGUUUACCCUGCCGCUGGGUAUGUAGAUCAAGCGAGAAGGAAAGGGGCUCGCGUAGCGGUAGUCAAUAUGGACGGGAUGGGAGGCGAGCUGGGUGCGGCUAGUAAUUUGAGAAAAGGAGACUUCAUGUUUCAAGGUGAUGCGGCGAAGAUUCUGCCGGAGAUUUUGAAGAGUGUUAUUGGAGAAUCAAAGGUUCCGAAUGUAUGA